AUGUACGUUGUUGGCGUAGAAUGGAUGGAGAGAUGUCUAGCUACCAAGGGAAAGCGUUACCCAGAGGGGAUGCGCGCGGGCCUCGCUGCUGCUGCUGGUGGUGAUGUUGAUGCUGAUCAUGAAGCCGAUGGUAAUCAGAACAAGACGAAGACAAAGACGCUGUGGGAGAUGAGGGUGACGGAGAUGAGGGUGAAAUGGUUGCAGCAGGGUGGGCUGCCGACGCUAAUAGCUGGUGCCGUCCAGGCCGCGGACGGCGGAGAUGUUUCGGAGCGCGGUGGUAUGUGUUCUUGGGAAGCAGUGAGGGUGGGUGAAGGAUGUGUGUAUAUCCGUACACUUGCGUAUUUUGCGUACUUCUAA